CACAUAUGCCUAUCUGCCACGGACCUUCGAGGUAGCAAGGUGGUCAGUUAGUAGUGUGUAGGAGUGUGAAAGAGUUUAGAUUUCCUUUUAACCAUUUUUUCCCCCAGCUGGAUACCAAAGACAACAGAAACAUAUUUUUUAUACUGUGAAAUGAUUUAAUUGUCUGCUUUUUGAUAAGAAGAGGAUUUGUGACAAACAAAGAGACUAUUCAAUAAUUUACUCAUAGAAUUUUGUAAAGGUAAGCUAUCAAACUUUUGUUUGACUACAGGUAAAUGUACUUUUACAUUGUGUCUUGAAAAGGGCAGGACAUCUUAAGACAAAAAUACAUUGUUGCAGUGAAUCUAAUUACCUGUAGUUGCAGUUCUAUCAGUCAAGUAUCAUAUCCCCAGGUGUGUUUCUCUACCUAAUGAAGCACUUAUCUGAUUAAGAUUUAAGAACAAAGUUAAACAAUUAAGAUACAUGUAACAACAUUUACUUUAAGCAUUUAAAAAAAAUUAAUAUCCUGUAUAAUAUAGCAUGAAUUUGCAGCAUGAAAACAGUUUCAAGAAUUUGUAUUGGUCCCAUCCCCAUGGCUAAUUCCUCUCUCUGCUCUCUUGCUCAUUCUCUUUCCCUAUCUCACUAUCCCCCUCUCUUCUAUUUCACUAUCCCCCUCUCUUACAAUAAUUGCCCAUCUAGAAUGAAUAAAGUUGAUUUAAUUGAAUUAUGUCCGUCCCUAGAUGUUCCCCUGGUCAGCAGUGUUUUCUCUGGAGCCGAAGGUGCCUGGACAGCGUACGGCAGAAGAACUAGUCACCAACACUCUGAUGCUGGAGCUGGGUGCCAAUGUGAAGCGCACCGAACGUAUCCGCCUUGAGAGGGCGACACAAGAGGGCCGGCGCCGAUGUAGCUCCUCCUCUGCUGACUACAGAUGGCUGGCCACUGCCCCCGCCCACCAACCCUACGAGCUGACCCCCCGAGACCUGAUAGAGCUGCAGGACCUGUGUGCCAGGGUGCCACCGUCUCAGUGUGGCCCGGUCAUUGUCAGGUGGGACUUUGUACCUUAUCAGUGUCAGAGAGGUGUACGUACACUACACAUAUCCUGAAUGUCACUGGUAGAUAAUGGAGAUGGAUUCAUGAUAAUUCUCAACAGGUUCUUAUGUCUUCAAAGUGAACUUGGGGUAACCUUUAUCGCUCUGUCUCUCUAUCAAUAUCAACUCCUUUUUGACCUUUGCCCUCUACCCCAGGUUCAGGAAUCUGGUGACGGAGAUCGAGCCGGAGGUUCACGAGGUGGCUCGUCUGUUCCGCACGGUUCUCCGUGACUGUGUGGAGGGAGAAGAGGAGAGCGAGGAGAUGAGGAGGAGGUCAGCCGGCUGGGACAAACAACGCAGCAAGAGCCUCUCCUUCGUAACCUUCCGCUCCAAGUUCCGCCCCGCUCCUUUCAGGGGCGGGGGCCUGGGCGGGUCGCGCGGCAACCUGCAGGAGGAGUCGAACUGGUACGAGGAAGAGGUGGAGGAGCAGGAGGGAGCAGCGAAUGUGGCGAGAGCGGCCAGGAAAGGGAGGAGUAUGAGCAUGCCUGAUAUCACCCCCAUCGAACAGAGUGCACUUGGCUGAGAGGGAGGGACAACUGCUGAUGUAAAGAGGGCUUUAUAGAAUACAUCUGAUUGAUUGGUUGAGGAAGGGAGGAAUGGGACAGAGAAAGGAAAUGCGACAAAAGAGAAGGUCAAAUAUGUCUCUCGAUGAGACGUGCAACAUGAGGACAGCUCACACCUCAGCAGAUUUCCACUGACUGUUUAGACAAAAGGAGGCAGUUAUAUCAAACAUAUACUAGAGUAGAAAUGCAAGCUUAGCCAGCAGAUAUGCCAUAUUUCUAACAUUGUUUUUAUUGUGAAUUACAUUUUCUGAAUGUGUUAACACUUGAAAUGUAUGUAAAAUGAACUAGAUUUUGAAUGCAUAAAAUAAAACCUUAUUUUUCA